AUGGCCAAAUUCGAGGCACUGAUCAAGUUCCGGUCAGCUGAGGAUAGACAGUCCUACUUUGCUCCCAUCGAAACAAACAGCAAGAGCGGCAUAGUUGAACCACUCAGUAUCGGCACUGUGGUGGCAGCAUAUAGCUCGAUCGAAGAUGUACAGACCGGGGCAGCUACUGGAAAACAUACCAUUGCCAAGCUGCUUGCCCCACUCCCGUCCACGGAAGUCCCAAUUUACUGCGUCGGACUGAAUUAUCGAUCGCACGCUGCAGAAGCCAAGCUCACUGUGCCCAAGUAUCCGCCAUUGUGGACAAAGCCUGCAGCAUCACUCGCGGAUCCUGAUGAGGCAAUCACAGUAAAUGAGUUUUGUGCCACAAGUCUUCUUGACUUUGAAGGCGAGCUCGUGUUUGUGACAUCGCGAGAGUGCAAGAACAUCACGCCAGCGGAAGCGGACAAUAACAUCCUCGGCUACACUGUCGGCAAUGACUUGUCGUGCCGUUUCUUCCAAUUACCGAACAAUAGCGGCGGGCAGUUCUUUUAUGCCAAAGCAUUCGACAAGUUCGCCCCCAUCGGGCCCGUACUCGUCAGCGCAGACACGUACGCCAAGACCGCAGCAGGCAGGAGACUGCGGACCAAAGUGAAUGGCAAGGUUGUGCAAGACGUGGAGCUUGCAACUGACAUGAUGUUCACGCCAGCACAAGUGCUCAAUCAUAUGAGCCAAGGCACGACUAUCCCUGCUGGAACGGCAGUCGUGACAGGGACGGCAGCCGGGGUGGGCGCAUUUCAGAGUCCAAAGUCGUUCCUAGGAAAUGGAGACGUUGUCGAAGUAUCUGCAGACGGGCUGGGAUCGCUGCGGAACACGAUGAAAUUCG